GCACUUUAAUGAGCCAUUUCCCAAUUGGGCAUUGUACUGAAAGAGCACCCUGUUGGUAUCGACACGCCAUCCUGACAAAGCUGCCGGAAAACAGUGGAUAACUUUUGCGCGGCGAUCAAGAUGGUGUCUCACUUGAGCUUGUCGCUCUGUCUAUCUACUCUCAUCUUUAUCGUACCUGGUAUAUUCGCAACAGACCAACAGCCAUUUGAAUUCGGAGCAAUGUCUACACCUCAGUACACACUACCACCCCUCCCGUACUCAUACGAUGCGUUGGAACCCCACAUCUCAGCCCAAAUCAUGGAGCUCCAUCAUAGCAAGCAUCACCAGACGUACAUCACGAAUCUAAAUGGCUUGUUGAAGACACAAGCCGAGGCGGUACACACCAGUGAUAUCACGUCGCAAGUGUCUCUACAACAGGGCAUCAAGUUCAAUGCUGGCGGCCACAUCAGACCACUCCUUGUUCUGGUCAAAUCUCGCGCCCGCAGACUCAGCGGAAGCAAAGAGUAGUGCAGCUCCCGAACUGAUCAAACAAAUCAAGUCUAUUUGGGGCGACGAGGAGAAGUUCAAAGAAGCAUUCAAUACGGCACUGUUGGGCAUUCAAGGCAGCGGAUGGGGCUGGUUGAUUAAAGUUGACACCGGCAACCAACAACGCCUUGCGAUCGUCACCACCAAGGACCAAGAUCCAGUUGUGGGCAAAGGCGAGACUCCGAUCUUUGGAGUUGAUAUGUGGGAACAUGCCUACUACUUACAGUAUCAGAACGGCAAAGCUGCAUACGUCAAGAACAUCUGGAAUGUCAUCAACUGGAAGACCGCGGAAGAGAGGUUCUUGGGCUCGCGUGCUGAUGCGUUCAAGGUCCUCAAGGCGUCUAUUUGAGCUGUCAAACCUGUCAGAGUGUCAUCUGUCAUCUGAUGUUCUGGAGUACCGUGGUGGCAUUCAGUACGCACUAGUUCAGCCAAUCAGGUACCCACAUGAAACAUGCUCAAAGACACUCAUUAGGACUCAA